UCUAAUUUUGGUAUAAAAAAGAUUAUUGUACACAUUUUUUUGUAUUCUAAUUAAAAAUGAAGUCCUUUUCAGUAAUCUGCAUGGUUUUACUUUUUGGAUCCACUUUUUCUUUGAACGAUAGCAAGCAUACCCACGUUAAAAGUUGUGCAGAAGGUGGACAGUUACCAGUAGUAGAUAUAGUAACUAACGGCGUGCUAUGCGUAAAACCUCCUUGUAUAGUGAUACCUGGAACAGAAGCUACACUAUCAAUAAAUUUUACAUCACCUGAUUACGUACCGUCUAUUACACCAAAAUUUGUAGCUACAUAUGCAGGAGCUAAUAUACCCUAUUCAACAGGCCAGAAAGAUGCUUGUGAAUAUAUAAACAACACUGCGUGUCCUUUGGGUGAAGGUGAAUUUGUUACUUAUGUUUAUGGAUUGAAAAUUCAGAGCUGGUUCCCAUCGGUAUCUGUUGGCCUGGAAGUAUCGUUUAUUAAUGACUACGAUAAUGAGGUUAUAGUAUGCUUUGCAGUAGAUCUUCAAGUGAAGUCUGGUUAGAAUGAAAUUAUUAUUAUAUUAUUAACAAGAUUUUAACUUUGUAUUAACAUUUAUAGUUAUAAAAGUACUUUAAGUUUA